AUGGCCCCGCCACAGCCUUUCUCACACCACCGUCCCCGGGUUCGGAGCCGGUCCUUCAUAUUUAUCCUUCUCGGCGGCCUUACAUUCCUUACAUUCUGCCUCUUCGUAUCCCAUCUACCGGCCCUACAAUACAUCACUAGCCUGCCCCUAUCGGGUUCCACGGCAGGCAAUUGGACGACGUCGUCUUCAAACGCUGCCGCGUCUCCCGAAGAUGAUAACCAAGCAGCUCUCGCUGCCGCCCAACAAUUGCUUGAUCUGAUUGAACAGGACAUGGCAGAAAAAGUCAAAAACCUCAAGAUGGAAUACGGCACCAACAGCCACCCACCAUUCAAGGACGACCCACCCAUGCUCGUGGCCGACCUCCCACAAGAGCACAUCCCGACCUAUACGCCGGCAUCGCCCAAAAAGGGCUCGGGCGGUCAUCAUGGUGGUGGUGGAAAAGGAGGUAAACACCCACCAGGAAAGAGGCUAGUCAUUGUCGGCGAUGUACACGGCCAUCGCGCCGCGCUCCAAGCGCUCCUCCGCAAAAUCGGGUUCGAUUACAAACACGGUGAUCAUUUGGUCCUCGCUGGUGACAUAACCACCAAAGGGCCAGACAGCAAAGGGGUGGUUAAACUAGCCAUGCAACUCGGGGCGAGCGCGGUCCGAGGAAACCAAGACGACAGGGUGCUCGCAGCAGCGAGGGAACUGCAUCGCUACGCUGAGGAAGAGAACAGGGGCAGCGGCGUUGGAAAAAAAGGGCGGCGAGAGGACGACGCCCACGCGGUUGCCCGUUCGCUGAGCCGGUCUCAGCUGGCUUGGCUUCGGUCGCUUCCUAUCAUCCUCCGUGUGGGGGAGCUUCCUGACGCGGCUUCGGCUCCGUGGAAUGCUACACUGGUUGUUGUCCACGGUGGUCUCGUCCCGGGUAUCAAGCUGGAAAGGCAGGACCCGUGGGCUGUUAUGAAUAUGCGCAGCCUGGUAUAUCCCCGGAAGGGUGGCCGGAAAAAGAAGGCUAAGCACCACGGCCGAGGCGAACCAGGGGAGAGCCCCCAGGAGGAAGAGGAGGUUGUGCUCGGCCAAACCGUGGAUCAGUUUGAAGAUUUUACCUUAUCUCCCGAUGCCAUCGCGGUUCCCAUUGACACCCGCGACGGCGAACCAUGGAGUCAUGCUUGGAACCAAUACCAGAACCAUCUCCCACCACACAUCCCUCGCACUGUCGUCAUCUACGGCCACGACGCCAGAGCCGGCUUACAGGUUAAACCCAAAGUCAGCCUCUCUACUCACUAUCCGUCGUCCCCCUUCGGCGCAACUAGCAGCCGAGAGAAGAACGACGAUCCAACCUCGGACGCCACCUCCAACGACAGUGACACUGACGCAGAUGCCACCGACGAUGAUGCCAUCAACCACCCGUCCCCGACCAACACAAACAAACCCAGCAAAAAGACCAAAAAACCUAACAAUAAGAACCAACAAAAAAAGAAACGCAAAACCUCCGGCCUCCGCUACGCAUUCGGCCUCGACUCAGGCUGCGGCCACGGCAAACAACUCACCGCGCUCGUCCUCGAAGCCACUCUCGACGAAAGCUCCACUACUUCCAUGGGGGAGGAGGAUUACCACAGUUAUAUCCCUAACAAACACAAACCCGUAGCUGGUCAGGGAAUAAUCAAACACACGAUCGAGCAAGUCGAUUGUAUGACGGCGGCCGCGGAAGCGGAGGCAGAAGCGGAGGCCGGAGCGGAGGAGGAAGAUGAGGACAUGGCUGCGCCAUCGGCCGAGCACGCCGAAAACGAGCCUGGGGAAGAUGAGGAGGAGUAA